UGUAUGGUGUUGCUUAACGUUAUAAUAUUGUUUAUGAACUGAUUAUACUAGGUAUUCAUGGAAUUUAUGUGAGUUGUAGAACAUGUUAAUACUAGGGUAGAAUCUGUUUUCAGCAUAUGGUUGGUAAUAAUGAUUGAAGAGUUGAAAGCCUAACAGGAUGCACUAUAGAAGAUUCCAGAAACGUACAAUUACCUCACGGAAGACGUCAAAAAUCGGAUUACAAAUUAUUCAGAAAAUUAGAUGCAUUCACGUUAAUUUAUUCCUCGUCACUUGCACACUCUAUAUAUAUACAAUAUACCCAGACUUGUCAUAUACUUACACCUGAAUUCACAAACUUUAUCCCCAGCGACAACCACAAGAAUCUCUUAGAGAUAGAAGAAGAAGGAUGUCGAUAUUACAAGAACAAGAAUUCCCACAGAAGGCAUUUGGAUGGGCAGCUACAGAUACUUCUGGUCAUCUCGCUCCUUUCAAAUUCUCUAGAAGGGCAACUGGAGAAAAGGAUGUGACCUUUAAGGUGAUGUACUGCGGGAUUUGUCAUACUGAUCUCCAUUCUAUUAAAAAAGAAUGGGGCAAUGGAAUCUAUCCUACGGUCCCAGGACAUGAGAUUGUGGGUAUAGUGACAGAUGGGGGUCACAAGGUAGAAAAAUUUAAGGUUGGUGACAAAGUUGGUGUUGGGCCAAUGGUUUGGGCAUGCCAUUCUUGUGAUAACUGCAAAAGUGACCUUGAGAAUUACUGCCCUAAAAUGAUCAUGACAUACAAUUCUAUUUACGUUGAUGGAUCUGUAACUAAAGGAGGUUAUUCUGAUGUUAUGGUAGCCAAUGAGCAAUAUGUGGUUCGGAUCCCUGAAAACCUUUCACUUGAUGCGGCUGCACCACUACGUUGUGCUGGUAUUACUGUAUAUAGCCCAAUGAAAUACUUUGGACUUCGUGAACCUGGUAUGCACAUUGGUGUUGCGGGCCUUGGUGGUCUAGGUCAUGUAGCUGUGAAGUUCGGAAAGGCCUGGGGAAUGAAAGUUACUGUUAUCAGCACCUCACCCGCCAAGGAAAAGGAAGCAAUCGAGCAUCUUGGGGCAGAUUCAUUUCUGGUUAGUCGUAACCAGAAACAAAUUCAGGCGGCCAUGGGAACGAUGGAUGGUGUCAUCGACACUGUCUCUGCAAGUCAUCCUAUCCUACCAUUGCUCGAUUUGCUAAAAGCUCAUGGGAAAUUAGUUAUGGUGGGUUUACCAGAAAAGCCACUGGAGCUGCCAGUUUUCCCGUUGGUUGCAGGGAGGAAAUUGAUAGCAGGGAGUUUUUUCGGAGGAAUGAAAGAGACAUAGGAAAUGGUUGAUUUUGCUGGGAAACACAAUAUCACAGCAGAUAUUGAGGUCAUUCCGAUGGACUAUGUCAACACUGCGAUGGAAUGUCUUGUUAAGGCUGAUAUUAGAUACCGUUUCGUCAUCGACAUUGUCAACACCUUACCUAAAACUGCCUAGUGCACUCAGCUGUCUCCCUGAAUCGCCAAGUAUAACAUCUACUUCAAUCUCCUUUCAUCGAGCCGAAUAGUUGGGUCUUGAGUGUUUGUUUUCCAUCUGUUCUAUGUCAUAUUUAAAUGUAUUUCUUUAUGUUUUCCUUCACAUUAUCAUAAAUAAAACUUAAAGAGUACUGCGUGAGAUUUCCAAGUCUCAGGAUUGAUUGUUCUCUUAUUCAAAACUUAAUGUUCAUUGGAACAUUCCAGUUUAAUAAAAUUUUCCUUUCCGA